GUGGCCAGCCGUGUUAGACAGAUGAUCAUUGAGCGUGUGAUAUGUACGGGUAGGUGUUACGCAGUUUGACCAGAGACAGGCGCCGAAACGUGCUAAUCUGUAAGGAAAUGAGUGUUUACACUUAAGUGAUAAUCACAACGUGCUACAUCAGCCGCCAAUACUAGUGCUGGAGUAUUAUUGCACUGUAGGUACGCGGUGUGAUGUUGAUUCUCAAUUUCUCAGGCAGUACGCACGCUGCCAUUAAAACAAACAAUGAAAUUGACAUCAUAGACAUUUUUCUCCCGCGGGUCGUGGUCAGUUCACGUGUUUCCGUGUGAGCUAAAUUAUUGUUGUGCUUCGGUGGUUUAAGUUCACCUAUAAAAUUAAAAAAAAAAACAAUCAAACAAGUGGAACGUAUCGUGAAUGGUCAGGAUAUAUACACUUUGAAACCAUAGAUGCAAACAAUUAAACAUUUUUGUGAAAUACUUGAAGGAAAUUUAAAACCGUGCAAAUAUUCUUCUUUGAUGACCCUGUAACUAUCGACGUCAUGGAUAUUUGCAGUCUCAUCGUAACGAUGUCCUUGAUGGCAGAGUCCCUUUUUGUUCACUGCUACAUCGAUGACGAAAAACCAUUGACCAACAACAUAUUUCCCGAGAGACAAAGAAUACCAUCUUUGGACAUGUUUCCAGAACAACACACCAGUCCCUCGCCCUCGGACGAUCCGAAACCAUUUCGGCAAUUUCCGCCAUUUAGCAAUCAAUAUAGACCAAGGAAAAAAGAUCUCAAGACAAAGAAAUUGUUGAAAAAACUCGGUAAAGGAUUUUUGCCAUUUUGGAUGUCAAUUGAGUCGCCAUUAGGUACUUCUUCUGAAAUUGAGUAUGUGACAUUAUCUAACCCAGAGGAGAGCAUUAUAGACGGUCGACUAGCAGAGGAAUUCGAUAAUGUAAACUUUACAUUUACAAACAGGAACGGGUUAGUGGUGGACGUAGGGGAGGAAAAUAUUCAACUUUUCAAACGUUGGCUUCUCGCGCAUGGCACGUGCCAGGUCAAAUAUGAAUGGGAAGAUCAGGGUCCGCUGUUUUGGCCAAGGUGGUUAAAAAAGGGAACAUGCUCCAAUGAGGUGUCAUGCUCUUGGCCAAUCGGGAUGCACUGUGUUCCCAAAGAAAGUAAAAUAGUACAGUUACUCCGGUGGAAUUGUCGCAUGAGGCGGCCUAGAAAAAACUCCUGGCGGAGGCAUAUGAACCAAAUUUUGAGUGGUGCAGUAUCGAGAAAAAGGAAACAUCGUAAAAAGCGGAUGAGAUGCCGAUGGACUAAGGUACAACUCCCGGUCACAGACGAAUGUUUCUGUUCGUGUUAAGUCCUAGUAUGUUUAGUGACAUAGAUAUAUACAUAUUGUAUAACACGUGGUUUUGGGACACAUUUAAACACGUAGAGCAGGGGUCAACUUCCGGCAGUCCAAUUUAUCGGACUAAUAUAUAUAAUAAGUUGACAGUUUGAAGAUUAAGAUUAUCAUCAUAUGUAUAUACCAGCAUUGACGCGAAUCUCUUGACCAUCACGUUGGUCAUCAUUGUCAGGUGGGCUGAAAAGUAUGUCGGGCAAAAAUUGGAUUGGGAAGUGUUCUCCUCGAGACGAUUUCCGGAUAACAAAUCACAAAUAUCGCUGUUAUUUAAUUUGUUUUUCUAACAUAAGAAAACUAAUGUAAAGUAUCGAUAAACAGAAGAGUGUGUUUAGUUUAUCAGGAUCUUCAAAGCUCUUGUUAAACAUCAAACGAAACACUCAACUUCCCUCUAUCAAAUAAACCGUGCAUCAUCGAAACGACAGCAGACAGCACUGUCAACUUCAGAAGGAUUUAAGAACGCGUUGAAUUCUCUUUGCUACACGUGUUUCAUUUACAAAUUCUACAUCUUUAAUGACAUCUGACGUCAGAUAGCUAACAUGAAUUUAUAACUGCAAGUACGAGUGUUGCAGAUUAGCGGGCAACGAGUGCAAUCACGAUUGUUCUUUGUGUAUAUUAUGUGUGGGUUUUUUUCAUAAUUGAUUAUCUUUCAUAUUUUGAUGCUCUGUUCGUUUUCCGAAUUUCGGACCGAAUAAUAACGGAAAAACCCGACGUCGAAACCGAAAUAACAAUGCGCCGCUUACAAUUACCAUAACGUAUCUUUCAAAUACUUACCACGAUAAAGUUAAUAACUGUCUACUACACAUAAUAACAUGGCCUGUGAUAGUCUUAUGAUUCAAUAUUGAUGUUUAUUUUCAAAAAUAUCUCGGAACAUAAGAACUCCCAAAAAGGACAUUACUAAUGUAUGGUUUGCUAAGGAUGACACCGGCAAAGGGCAUUUUUCAUACCGUUGGGUUUAGUCGUGCUGUUAAGUGUUCUAACAUCUGGUUUCCGAUAACUCGUAACAUAAGAAUUCCCAAAAAGGACAUUACUAAUGUAUGGUUUGCUAAGGAUGACACCGGUAAAGGGCAUUUUUCAUACCGUUGGGUUUAGUCGUGCUGUUCAGUGUUCUAACAUCUGGUUUCCGAUAACUCCGGUGUAAGAUGGAAAAAUCUACCAGCGGAGAAAAUGUACCAGGAAUCAUUGAAAUCCAUCUGAUCACUAGACGCCGCGGCCACCAUCAUACUUUAUGUAAAAAGAAAAAAAAAACGGAAAAAAUACUUGCCGGGUUUUGUGUACCCGGGGAAAAUAUAUUAGGUUUAUGGGUGAUUACUAGACUUUGAAAAUGUUCAAUAGGUAUUUUGAUUAGUAAUAUCAUAUGUGAAUUUGUGUAUUUGUUUGAUUUCCGAUGGUUUUGUGAUGUCACAAUUAAUUCGAUUAUGACGUAAUACAUCAAUCGUCUUUAGCUAUAUUACAACACUUUGAAUGUACAUUUUCGAGAAGACUUUUGUCGCUAAAAUUAUUAAUAAAUAAUGGAUGUUUUA